CGCGCCGAGCACCGCGCGAGACCACCCUAUAUUCAGUUCACGGCCGCUCUAUUACCGGACGUCUAUUCCGGGCAUAAUAUUCUGUAGUGCUGUGGAACGCUCAGUUUCGGGCGGGCAGGUGCGCACGCCGAGGAGAAAUGCGGCGCAUGGACCACGCGCGCUGACCGCCGGCAUGGAGCGCCGUCCCGCGCGCAUCGACGCCGACUUCAUGGCCAAGACCGUGCGACGCCGCGAGAAGCCGCGCGAACGAUGGCUCCUCACGCGCAAGACCUGGAAGUACAUGGCCGAUGCCGGCCGCCGGCUCAUCCCCGAAGGAGCCCAAAACAGGCAGGAGGACAUCCCGCGUAUAGAGGCCUACUUCCAAGAGAUGUGUCAGAAAGAGCCGAGGUUCUUGUUGUGGAGGAAGAGCUCAUACCCUGGAGUUGUAGCUCGACCUCGACGCAAGAAACGUCCUCGAGGUGGAUCUGUGCGAGCGAGGUCACCGUCUGACGAUGUGCCGGCCCCCAUAAGGCCGACAGAGCUUUUUAUUCCACACACAUCAGGUGGCCGGUUUGAUAUCGCCAAAUUAAGGCGGGAUUUCUUCGCUGCGCCACCGCCCUCAACAAGCUUUACUCCGUCCAAUGGGGCAUUUAAUGCCAAUACAAAGAAAGCUAGUCCACAAGUUGCACCUAGAGACAAUGAUGAAGGAGUUCUAGUAGAUUUAUUACAAAAGUACCUGAGAUUAGAGGAGGAUAAAAGUCCGACUCCAAGGAAUGAACACGAAGAGCUUGUAAGAGCGCUACGAAGCUACCUUAAAAGGCAGUCAGAAACCGCCCCGGCUGACUCAGACACAGAUCCCGCCCAAAGAGUUCUCAAAGAACAUCUAAGUCGAUAUUAUAGUCGAGAGUCGAACAGUAACCAUUCUGUUCAAGAUUUGUUAAGCGAUAGGAAUCUCUUAAGAAACUUGUACCAUGAUCUUCGGAAAACGAAAGCAUACAGAGGAGGACGAAGUGGAGGAAACGGAAGCAGUGGGGGAGGAUUUAGUGGUGCGUGCGUGUUCAGUGCAUCCAGUUCGCGGAGUCAUUUUAGGGGUAGAAAUGUGUACGAUCCUUACGGUGAUGAGGAUUAUCCACCUCCAAUGUCACCACCGCCUCUCAUCGAAGUUGUUAGUGAGUCGCAGGAGGAGAGAGCAUCUUCUGAUAUCGGCACGCAAACCGAUCCAAUACCGGAAGAAGUGUUACAAGAUUUAGAAAAAGCUUACCGUGAGAAAUUAGAAGCUCCCACAUCCCCAACUAGUCCGACUAGCCCUCCGCCAGAGAGGCGACCGCGACGCCGCUCUAGCGUCGACCACGACGACGUGUCACAAUCCGUGAGUGACAAAAUAAAACUAUACUUGAAAAUGGCGCGGAAAAAAAGCGUUGACUCGGAUAAAACGGAUCGUUUUAAGCGUAUUAACUAUGAUCAAAACCUUCGUAAUAUAAAACCGCGUGUGCCCAGUGAUGUAGAUGAUGAUGGACUGAACAAAGGCGUCCAGACCGAUGAAGCGUGGAUCCUUACGUAUAAGGAGUUACAAUUCGCGUCCGUGGCAACUACCCCGACAUCUCCAUCUCAAUCGCACUCGUUGUUUUCAUCGCUUUUGGGUAGAAGUACAUCAACGACUUCCGCAGGUGGCAUGCAGAAGUCACGGUCUUCCAGCAGCGUGGUACAGACUGUCAGCAAGCGGCUGUGGAGGACGAGGAGUCGGUCUUCCAGCCGUGCCGCCGCUGCCUGGACACCUCAGGGCAGCUGUUGCUGGACAGAUGGCGCCGGGCGCUGCGUGAGGCUUACGGAUACAAGCCUUCUGACCCUCAGCGAGGUGGAGAGGAGAGCGUUGCAGCAGGCUGCGCUGGCGAGGCUUCAACAGCUGAAUAUUGGCACACCUAUCAAGAUACCUGAAGAUAACGCGUCAGCAGUGACUACAAAACCGAAGCGGAGAGCGUACCUUCUCAAGAGGAAAGCCCUCACCACUGGCUUCUUUGACCAGAGCCGGAAGGAUGCUGACAAGGAAAAAGAACCAACUGGGAGCGUUUUUGGAGUCCCUCUGGCGCAAUGUGUGGAGACAGAACGCGCCUUAAGAAGACAACAACACACAGGAUCACGCGCUUCACUCGCCUCUCUCAAUACACUUGAGAAAGGAGAUGAUAGUGAAUCCUGUGAUUCGGGGGAUUGGGGCUGGGCAGGUCUAGAAGAGGCAGGUGGUGGUAGACCCAGAAUUCCAGCACUAGUCUCCGCCUGCUUGGCCCACCUUCGCCGACAUGGUCUUCAUACCAUGGGCCUCUUCCGGGUCUCCGCUUCAAAGAAGAGAGUGAGACAAUUACGGGAAGAGUGGGAGAGGGGCCAGGAAUGUGCCCUCGACGAUGCCCUACCUCAUGAUGUGGCAACACUACUUAAAGAGUUCCUAAGAGACCUGCCAGAUCCAUUGCUAUGUAGAGAUCUCUACUGUGCGUUCUUGCAGACUCAGAAAAUACACAAUAGGUCCUUGCAAUGGGAAGCGCUAAGGUACAUAGUCCAGCUAUUACCAGCAGCUCACAGGGAUACAUUGAAUGCUCUCCUCUCCUUUCUGUCACAAUUGGCAUCACACUCUGUGGAUGAUCACCAGCCGGGGAACAAGAUGGAUGCUGCAAACAUUGCCACUAUUUUCGCACCCAAUAUUCUACAUAAAAAUAAGCCAAAUGAAUGCGCGAGCGCGGAAGAGCUAGCGGAGAGAACAGAUGUGAUCAACGUGGUCCGACAGCUAGUUGAGCGGCAGACAGAACUGUGGACUCUUCCGGCUGAGCUCCUUCACGAAGCUUACAUUCACCUUGCGCAUACGCAGCCUGCCCACCUUGAUUCCUUAUUGCUUCGGAGAGCCGAAACAGCGGAGGCCAACGCGAAUUCGGAGAGUGGUGUGCGGCGAGUGUGGGCUCGAGACCACUUCUUGCACGCUGCUACAGCGACUGCUACCACACAGCCUGUGCCUUCUAGUAAUAUGAACAACGUUCCAGCUCGACGGACGCGAACAAGAGACGCGGCCUCGGACGCGUCGUCUGGUUCUCUUUCUUCUGCUAUGACGAUUGUUACACGGGUCCGAAGCAGUGAGGAAUGCACGAGUAGCGGAGUGAUCUGUUCUCCACCUUUAAGAGAUUCAGCUCCGGACUCCAACGACUCGGCCAGUGAUUAUAAUGAGACUGGCGCGUGUUCAGAGGACGAAUGUGUGAUCACAGCAUCACUCCACAUCCCGGCCAUGCGUCCGCGCCGCAGGUCCACCUCUGGGUCGUCGUCAUCAGCGAAACGGGACUCCGCAGUCGGUUCAUCACCGGCCUCACCCGCUUCGGCAUCGAAUGCCUCAUCACCGCCGGCCAGUCCGCCCCCACGCGCGCCCGAACGAAGAAAUGAUAUCGAGAGACUCGUAACUCUUGGACGGGAACGAAACACAUCAGACGCGCGCGCAGUCAUAGUGAGACAACACGAUGAGACAACAGUCUCUCGAGCCACGAGAAUAUCUCGUGAAAUACGGCGGGAAGAAGUCGUCCGGAACGAUCAGACCAUAAAAAAAGAAGAACAAGUGAAAAACGAUCUAGUCAGAAGAGAUGAACAGAUCAGGAGAGAUCUAGUCAAAGACGAGAGGAGAGAGGGGACAAUGCUUUACAAGCGGGGAGAAUUAAUAUCGAGUGCACAGACUCGGCCCGCAUGACAUACUGUAUACUUUGAUUUUAUACAUAAACGACUAUUUAUCA